AUGCAGUUUACUCAAAGCCGCAGAAUUGGUUUGCUUGAUCAUGUCAUCAUGGACAGUGGUUGCACCAACACCACCAUUUGUAAUGGUGAGCUCAUGCAUGGACUCCGUCAUGCUGAGAAGGAACUCGAUAUACACACUAACGUGAGCAGCAGAGUUCUCAAUGAAGCAGGGUUUCUAGGAAGAUUUCCGCCUCCAGUCUAUUAUGAUGAAGACGGAAUUGCCAAUGUACUUGCUAUGUGCAAGAUGAUUGCUGUGGGAUGCCGCAUUACCAUGGAUACUGAUUUUGACAAUGCUUUUAUUGUGCAUUGCGAUGGAAACCGAAAGAUGCAAUUUGUGAAUCGUAAGGGUGUAUAUGUGUUGGAGCAACUUGGAGCGAAUGUCAAACCAGGGAUAUCCGGCAGUUUUCUGUGA